UCUGCAUUAGGCAAUUCGUGAUAGUGGCUAUAGCCAAUCAUAUAGCAUGUAUUUAUACGACGGGGUAGGACGAUUUAGGUUGUUUAGUGCGACAUGAAGCCGCGAGAUCGCAAUCUAGAGCCUUGACUUCAAGGUCCGCAAUCUUCGGAAGCGGUAUCAGAUACCGGGGAUGGAGAUAUCCGUGUCGAACUACCACAGCAUAGUGUGCAUAGGCACGAUGCUUGGGAUCCAUAAAACGAUCGAAGCCUGACCCUGUUCACUCGAGUGUCGCUUCAAUCAAUCGAUCUCUAUCGAAGAACCUCCUGCUCUCCUACAAUCACCAUGGCGGUUUCUAAUCGACAGCAUGUGUCUCGGCUGGUCCCUCGCAGCUCCAGAACCCUCACGGUACUGCUCAUAGUAGUAGCUGUGGUGAACUCCGCGACGCUGGGGUUCGACAGCUCUAUGAUGAAUGGCCUCAACAUCUUGCCGCAGUAUAAAGAUUACUUCCACUUGAAUGCCUCGACUAGAGGUCUUCUUACUGCUGGAUCCUGGCUCGGCGGUGUCGUUGCGACGUUCUUCAUGCAGUGGGUCCCCGACCGCUUCGGCCGCAAACCCACCAUCCUCAUCGCCGCCUGCAUCGGCGUCAUCGCUGCCAUCAUCCAAGGCGCCGCUCAAAACACCGGCAUGUUCGUCCUCGGCCGCAUCCUCUCCGGCAUCGCCGGCCAGCUCUCCGGCGGCGCCGCCCCGACGCUCAUCGGCGAGACCAUCAAGCCGCAUUACCGCGGCACGAUUCUCGGCAUCUUCUUCAGCUGCUACUACGUGGGCAGCCUCAUCGCGUCGGCGGUCAACUACCGCACCGUCGACAUCGCGACGACGUGGGCGUGGCGCAUCCCGUCGAUCCUGCAAUGCGUGCCCAGUCUGCUGUCGAUUGCGUGUUUGCCGUUCGUUCCCGAGUCCCCAAGGUGGUUGGUGGCGAAUGGGAAGCCGGAGUAUGCGCGCGAGGUGUUGGCGAUUGUUUAUGAGAAUAAUACGGCGGAGACAACGGAGGUGCUUGAGGAGAUCAAGAUGACGUUGAAGUAUGAAGAGGAGCAGUAUCCCGCCAACCCCUGGAAAGAGCUGAUUACUGGUACCCCGAAUCUGCGGCGGCUGGCUAUUAUUGUGUCUUUCGGGCUGCUGAUCGAGACGCUAGGGAACUUUGUGAUCAGCUUUUAUCUGGGGACGAUGUUGACGCAGGCGGGGAUUACGAAUCCGACGACGCAGUUGCAAAUCAACGUUAUUUUGAACUGCUGGUGUUUCGUCGUCGCCGUCGUCGGUAGCUUCCUCUUAGACGUUGUGGGUCGAAGGAAGCAGACCUUGUGGUGUAUGGUGGGGAUGAUUGCGACGUUUUAUAUCGCUGGAGGCCUUACCAAGUCUUUCGGCGAGAGCACUAACAAAAGCGGCAUCUACGCCACCAUCGCCUUCAUCUUCCUCUUCCAGGGCUUCUACUCCGCAUCCAUCACGCCAAUGACUACCGCGUAUCCCCCGGAAAUCAUGCCGUACCACACGCGAAACGCUGGCAUCGCCGUCUUCAGAUUCCUUGAUUGCAGCACUGGCAUGAUGUACAGCUUCCUCAUGUCAUAUGCUAUGGACAACCUCGGAUGGAAGUUCUUUAUGGUCAACGCGUCGUACGACAUAAUCUUUCUUGUGGUAAUUUACUACUUCUGGAUCGAGACCAAGGGGAUCCCACUGGAGGAGAUCGCGGUGAAGUUUGGCGAUAUGGAUCCGAGAGAACUGAUUGUGGGAGAAGGGAGUGAGACAAUGAGUGACGGGGGUGAAGGAAAGGCUACAUUUGCGGAUAAGGGAGGCGUUGACAUUGGUGUGAGGCAGGCUUAG